AUGCAAUUCAGCACUAUCUUCCUCGCCGCUGCUGCAGCAACUCUUGCCAGCGCAGUUCAAUUGACCAACCCAUCUUUCGCCGUCACUGCUGGAUCUCCCUUCAACAUUACUUGGUCAGAUGCCGAAGGACCUGUCACUCUUGUUCUUAAGGAUGGUCCAUCCACUGCUCUCACCACCGUCUCCACCAUUGGAAGUGGAUUAACAGGAGGAUCUUACAGCUGGACUCCACCUGCCACUCUCGACUCCAGUCUCUAUGCUAUUGAGAUUACAGACUCUACCAAUGAUCCAAACUACAGCGUUCAAUUCCAAGUUUCAGGUGCUACCGCCUCUGCUUCCACCGUUACUGCUUCCUCCACAAGUGCUUCUUCCACAAGUGCUUCUUCCUAUUCAGGAACAAGUUCUUCCACUUCUGGAUCUUUAACAAGCAAUUCUACCACCACCACUGGAUCUUCGUCUUCUAGCUCAUCUUCGGUUUCUUCCUCUUCUACUGCAAGAAGCAACAGCACUACCACUGCAAGAAGCUCCAGCUCUGCAUCAAGGACCAGCACUUUGACCAGCUCCGCAUCCAGAACAUCCUCAUCCACCUCCUCUGGUAGCACCUCCUCUGCUACCACAGCCCCAACCUCAGCAGCCGCUGAUCUCGCUUCCCCACUUGCAUUUGUUUUCCUUGCAUUUGCCGCCAUCGUCACCCUUAACUAA